AAUAAAUAAAUAUACACCACACAAAAGUUUUCAAAAUUUAAGAUUUCUACCGAUACUUCGUCCCGAUUCGAAAUGUUUCGAUGUAUUGCUCGUUCAAGCUGUCUUCUGAGAGUACCAGUUCGUUUCUUCAGCGCCAGCUCCGUAAUACCCAAAGCUCUUCGUGAACAAAAAGAGGUCGAUGGGGAGCAGAAAAAACGAGCAAAAGCCGAGCCGAGCGAGCGAUACUUGAAGUUCAAGGAGAAACUGCUAUCGGAAGUACCCCUAACUAACCUGCCGAAGACUAUGCCGCAUCCGGCACACGAGAAGGAGCCACUGAAGCGCUGGCCCAACAACACCAAUCCGCAUACGGGUGAGAUUGGGGGACCGCCCGGGCCGGAGCCCACGCGCUACGGGGACUGGGAGAGCAAGGGCAGGGUAACGGAUUUCUGAAAAUGGGAUGGAGCAGCUGGGGAGACGAGGGAACCAGACUUGGCUCACGAUCUCUGAUUUAUUAGCCAUGUUAACAACAGAAGCACCCACUAUUUGUUCAAAUCUAGCCGGCCUCAUCCCGCGCAACGGUAGCUUCAUCAUCAUCAUCAUUGUCUUCUAUGCUCUUCUGCGAAGGUUACAUAAAUUUUGAUUUUGUGGUUUCCAGAAUUUAUGUUGCGCCAGCAACAAAAUAUAAAUUGAUGCUCGUCCGUCCAGUGAAAGGGUUCCCGGAAUAGAGUGCAGCUACCAUAAUUUAUGAUGGUGUUGCGGGGCCAGAGAAUCGUGCCUAAGUCCAAAUUCCAAAUAUUCCGAAUGCGCUCGAGUCGAUUCAUUUGAAAUCGAGGCGACAGUUUACGUGAUUUUUAUUUGAAAAGUGUUUGUCUUUUCUAAUUUGGUAGCCGUCGCGCGUAGCUCGCCGCUGUAGAACUCGAAAGGGGUUUUAAAAUGUCAUAAAUUGUUCGAGGCGGCGUGGACAAAUUUUGUGGUGGGCCCCGAAAAGAAAUUUGGGAAAUUUGCAGCUGUUUUCUCUGCUCAAUCCCUCUUGACAUUUUUGUGGUGUUUGCACUGAUUAUCUGGCUACACAAAUAGAAAAUUUCCCACAAAUACCAUCAUCAUAAAAUAAAUAAGAUUGAGAAGUCGAAAAGUCUUGAUAAUUGGACAGCUUUACCGAAACAGAGGCUACCCCAUC